AUGUGCAACCCACCGCCCGCAGUGGGAAAGGUCAGGUCAUGUGGUGUGACGCCAUUGUUUGACGUUCGUUUGGAAGAUGUAUUGGAUAGAAAACAUCUGCCACCGCUAGGAUUGAAGGACUUCGAGGAAUGGCUUCUGUUCGUGGAAAUGAGUCCAGAAAACCUCUACUUCACCCUCUGGCUCAGAGAGUAUAAACUGCGGUACAACCAAUGGGCUGCACAAACACGAUUUCAUCGAGAAGCCUCCAGUGAAUUUCGGACGAACUGGUCAUCUCAUAAUUCUUCGCAGUUGGCGAUGUUCUAUGCAAGAGCGAAACAGACAUUUCUUACCCCAAACUCUGAUUAUGAACUCAACCUUCCUUCCAGCAUUCUUGCGCCAUUUCAUACCUCUAUGGAAUCACCACACCCCGAUCCUGCCAUUUUUACUGAUGUAGAUGCUGAGGUAUACCAGCUACUAGAUGAUAGCCUCCGACGAUUCGUCCACGCGCAGUUCAACAAUGUCGGAAACCACCGCGUACUCUGUGGUAUUGUCGCCGGCUUUCUUUUCUGUCUCAUUGGAUCAAUACCGUCCAUAACUCUGAACCUGGUUCGUGAACAAUCACGGUGGAUGCGUCUAACAGCCUUCCCGGGUUUAUUCAUUGGCCUGACGAUUGCCCUUUCCGCAUUGAAUGGUAUCUGUCUCGGAGUAUACAUGUUUGGUGACCUUCGACAAUUGAGGAAAUUCGAACUUUCCCGUCCACCAAUAUCUAAACCCCAACCUCUGCCGGCUUUUAAGCGUCGAUCUCUGAGCUCACAGCGAUCACCACAGCAAAUUAACCCCGUCCUUCCAGUCCAGCAUCCCCGUAAAUCCUCUCAGCCCCAUUGUCGACCAAACAAUUUAUCGCGCCCCGCUUCCUCAUCGUCCCUAGGCUCCCAGUCCAGUCCCUCUUCAUCAGGUUCAGUUUACAUUAACGCAGACCUGGUUAUUCACAUUUCGCCGGAGUACUAUGAUACGGACCCCGUAGAUGGACCUGCGACCACCCCCCCUGGUCCAGACGCCCCAAACUAUACCUUUCCAGAAAAAUCGGUACAUUACGACGAGAACGCCAGCCCCACCGAUUCCGAUUUUACAGCUACUGCCACAUUCAUUCAUCAAUAUGAUUAUGACGACGACAACGACGACCCUGAUCUCGAAAUGGGGCUUGAACGCUUACCUGAACGACACCAACCCAUCUCCCCUUUCGACUUUGAUGCUCUUCCUCCUCGGACACCCAACGGCGACCCUACCCGUCUCUCUACACAAUAUGAGAGGGAUUGCUGUACUCCAACACCCACAAUUCCGCCUCCCGAAGCCUCCCCCAGCCUCAUGGCCCGCAUCCAAUCCCGCUGCGACAUCAAGAGAUGGCGACUUCAGACAGGCUUCCUAGAGCCUGAUCAAACUUCUUCAUUUGCGUCAUCAGAUACCGCGAACCCUUAUAAUUCUCACAUCCACACCUCUAAACAUAAACUUCGACUACCACAACCCCACAGUUCCAGCUCCGAACAAAAGAUCCUCCCGCCCAAAGAGGAGAGAGUUCGAAAAAGGUUCAGAUUAAUUCAAGCCGUGCCCGCCUUUGCCGUUCCUCUCACUCGAGUGCUGAGCCCUGUAAUUGUUCGUGGGCAGUGGGAAAUCGUCGUACGAUCAGCAGCUAUUGCCUUCCUGAUCAGUUGGGUGUUAGUGGGGAUAUUCUUGGCCAUUCCCAUACCAGCGUCAUCGUGA